AUGUUUGAUGAGGAUGAGGAUGAUGAGGAUGAUGAUGAGGAUGAUGAGGAUGACGAGGAUGACGAUGAGGAGGAUGAUGAGGAUGAUGAGGAUGAUAAGGAUGAUGAGGAUGAUGAGGGUGAUGAGGGUGAUGAGGAUGUUGCUGUCCAAGGGGAGGGGGAGGGUGAGUAA